AUGCCGAAGAAAAGUGACUCUGAGAAAUCGCAAGAGGAAGACCCUACAGUGGGUUUUGGAACCCUCGGAACUAUGGUAUUCCAACUUCUCGCCUUGUUGUCCUCUGUAGUCCGAGGUGGACAGGUACACAGGCAACCCUCCCCGAGCUUUCCCCCAUCAAACAAAUUCUCAUUGGGCGACGAUUCCCGGCGCUGGGCGGCAGAUGCACAAGAGUAUGUUGAGCUUUUCAUCCCGAGCGAUCGGCGGCGUGUAUUGUUCUCACUUUUGGAAGGUGAAGCCAAAGAGCAUGAAGCGUUCAAGGAGCUACGGGAGCGACUAUGCACUACACCCAUUCCCGGGCUAAUUGACUACGGAAUAUUACAGUUCCAUGAAAUGCGCCGAGUAUCAUUAUUGGUGAACACGAGAAACACUGAAGUGUGUGAUAAGGACAUGAGGACAAUGAUAUUUCUUGAACAGUAA